CGGCUCCUGGAGCAAUAGACUAGUGUACCUACCCAGACUAGGACAACUCUUUCCCCUCUCCUGCCCUGGAUACCACCGCAGAACUGGAGAACAUGCUGUUUUGGCAUUCUCAACCCGAGGCUUUUAAUCACCAAUCACAAGUGAAUUACAUCAGAGAUGCUUUGGCGCCGUUUCUGAAAAACGAAGAAGAGCGGCAGACGUCUGAGAGCCAUGCCGUUAACAUGGCACCAUUUCAGUAUAUUCUUUGCGCCGCUACCUCACCUGCGGUGAAGCACCAAGAAGAAACGCUGACCUAUCUAAACCAAGGUCAGUCCUACGAAAUCCGUAUGCUAAACAGAAAGCUAGUGGAGUGUACAGAUUUAUGCAACAGGUGUGUGAAGAGCGUGGUGCGCGUGGUGUUCCACGACAGAAGACUGCAGUAUACGGAACACCAGCACCUGGAAGGCUGGCGGUGGAACAGACCCGGAGACAGAAUCCUGGACAUUGACAUUCCUCUGUCUAUAGGCAUCGUGGAGCCCCGUGCCCACCCUCUCCAGCUCAACACCAUUGAGUUCAUAUGGGACCCCCUCAAGAACGCCUCAGUCUUCAUCCAGGUGAACUGCAUCAGUACAGAGUUCACGGCGAGGAAGCACGGCGGGGAGAAGGGGGUCCCCUUCCGGAUCCAGAUAGACACCUUUACCUGUAGCGAGCACGGAGAAUACACCGAGCAUGUGCACUCCUCCAGCUGUCAGGUCAAGGUCUUCAAGCCUAAAGGAGCCGAUCGCAAGCUGAAGACGGACCGUGAGAAGAUUGAGAAGAAGACUCUUCAGGACCGGGAGAAAUACCAGCCCUCUUACGAAACAACACUACUCUCAGACUGUUCUCCGUGGCCAGAGAGCUCUUGUGUGAACAGCACCAGCAGCACCCCCUCUCCUGUCUACCACAGCUCCCCCACCUCCUUCAGCUCCUUCACAGACGGUAACUGUUCCCCUGGCGACCAAGGGGAUGUCUUCCUGGCUGGCUGCUCUGAUCAGCUGCUGCCCUCCUGCUCUCCUCAAGACACUCAGCAGUGGCUCCAUCGCAACCGCUUCUCCCCCUUCACCAGACUCUUCUCCAACUUCACAGGUGCAGAUCUGCUGAAAUUGAGCAGAGACGACUUCAUCCAGAUCUGUGGGCCAGCUGAUGGCAUACGGCUAUUUAACGCCAUUAAGGGGAGAUGCGUCCAGCCACGCCUCACCAUCUACGUCUCCCAGCAACAAGCACACAACCAGCUGACAGUCAAAGCAGCAGGAGAAGUGUACCACGCUCUCUUCCUGGAUGAGCUGACGGUGCUGGAGCUGAAGGAGAAGAUGGCCGCCCUGUUCAGCGUUCCCUUCCGGCAGCUGAGGCAGGUCUACAAGCAGGGCCCCACCGGCAUCCACGUGCUGGUCACCGAUGAGAUGGUGCAAAAUCUAUCUCAGGAGGCCUGUUUUGUCAUCCGGACCCUGAAAGAUGAAGGUAAUGAGGGCUACCAUGUUGUUCUGAAGUGACCUCAGCGCCACCUGCUGUAGAGGAGGGGGAUGAUCAGGUUAUUGUCUAUCUGCCCAAAGUGUCUUAAUAUCCAGGGUUGCGUUUCUCAAAAGCGUUGUUGCUAGCCGUUUAGCACCUUGGGUGGUUGCCAGUGGGAAAUUGCCUUGUAACCCAUAGCAUAGCUAACAUGGUUAGCAACUACAGUUUUGAGAAAUGCAAUUCCUGGGCUUGUUGCGCAUCGCAGCGAGCCAUGUUAUAAAAUAUAUAUUUAUACAAUUGUUAGUUUACAAAAGGAUGGUGUAAAGUUUUUGUAAAGUUGUAUUGAAGGUUUUUGCUUUCCUUUUUUGUAUUAAGUUAUUGUAUGAUUUGUGUCUUUAGAGCUAUGAUGUAAUUGACUUCUUUGCUUUAAAAGAAAAAUGAGCAUCUGUAGAAAACGUUACAUAGGAAUAAGACAAGUCUGAAUGUAAUUAAUAUUAAUGUCUAAUGCUUUCGGAUGGUCUGUGUUGUCUUGUAAGAUAGCUUUGAUAACGUCUCAUCAUUGUAUCAAUAACACGCAAUCAUGCAUUUUCAAAUCAGGUCAUAGUAACUUUGUGCCAUCAUGCAUUCUUGUUGUUUUGCACGAGAUAAAAACAC